CCCGUUCCUGUUCGUGCUGCCCACGCGCAGGGACGUCGCGCACCAGCUGAUCCGCACCGCGCAGGUCGUCCCCAUCACGUACGGCCGCGUGCGCAGCAUCCACUGCCAGCUCAUGGCCAAGGUGCUGCCGCCGGAGGCCGCGGAGCGCGUGCUGUCGUUCCGCAACGAGGUGCGGUUCCAGAACGCGGUGCUGGCGAUGACGGCGGGCCACUCGCUGCCCACGCACCAGAACCAGUACUCGACGCACUCGCGCGACCACAUCUUCGACCCCAACAACUACGCCCACAUGUGGGAGUACCGCACGCACUGGCUGGCGGCCAUCCGCAGAGCGGUGCCCGCGGACCGCGAGGGCCAGUGGGUCGCCGAGCCAGCCAGCGACGACGAGGCCGCCGAGGCCACGGCGGCGUUCGACUUUGCGCACGGCAGCCGCCUGUGGGACUCGAUGUGGGCCGCGGCCAGCAGCGACGCGGACGAGGGGCCGGCCGCGAGCCAGAACAACACCACGCAGCCCAGCAGCCCCGCCGGCCGCAGCACGCCACACCCGUAGGACGUAUCAGACAAUUACUAUGUAGUACAGUAUUUAGACGGACAUUACCAAACAGGAGCAACCAAUUGGUGUCAAAUUACUAG